GGACCUGGCGCUCCAUCUUCUCAACAUCUCCGCCAGUCUUCAUUUGAGAUCCCUGAUGAUGUACCUUUGCCACCAGGUUGGGAGAUGGCUAAGACACCAUCUGGACAGAGAUACUUUCUUAAUCACAUUGAUCAAACAACAACAUGGCAAGAUCCUAGGAAGGCCAUGCUUUCCCAGAUGAAUGUUACAGCUCCCACCAGUCCUUCUGUGCAGCAGAACAUCAUGAACUCAGCAUCAGGCCCACUCCCCGAUGGAUGGGAACAAGCUAUGACCCAGGAUGGAGAAAUUUACUACAUAAACCAUAAGAACAAGACCACAUCUUGGCUAGACCCAAGGCUUGACCCACGCUUUGCCAUGAAUCAGCGAAUCAGCCAAAGUGCUCCAGUGAAGCAGCCACCCCCUCUGGCUCCUCAGAGUCCCCAAGGCAGUGUGAUGGGUGGAAGUAGCUCCAAUCAGCAACAACAGAUGAGACUUCAGCAGCUACAGAUGGAGAAGGAAAGGCUGAGACUGAAGCAUCAAGAACUGCUUCGGCAGGCAUUGCGGAAUAUCAAUCCCAGCACAGCAAAUUCUCCAAAACAUCAGGAAUUGGCUCUCCGUAGCCAGCUUCCAACAAUGGAACAAGACGGUGGAUCUCAAAAUCCUGUGUCAUCUCCUGGAAUGUCUCAGGAACUGAGAACAAUGACUACAAAUAGUUCUGAUCCCUUUCUUAACAGUGGAACAUAUCACUCCAGAGAUGAAAGCACAGAUAGUGGACUUAGCAUGAGCAGUUACAGUGUCCCCAGAACCCCCGAUGACUUCCUGAACAGUGUUGAUGAGAUGGAUACAGGUGACAGUAUCAGCCAAAGUAACAUACCGUCCCAUCAGAACCGUUUCCCAGACUACCUUGAAGCCAUUCCAGGGACAAAUGUGGACCUUGGGACACUGGAAGGAGAUGGGAUGAAUAUAGAAGGAGAAGAACUGAUGCCAAGUCUGCAAGAGGCUUUGAGCUCUGACAUCCUUAAUGACAUGGAAUCUGUCUUGGCAGCCACCAAGCUAGAUAAAGAGAGUUUUCUUACUUGGUUAUAGGGGCCUCAGGGAGACUGAAUUCUAAAUCUGUGAAGGAUCUAAGGAGAUUAGGACAUCUGUAUCUGAAGUUCAGAACAAGCCAGUGUGGCACACUUUGGCUUGUGUUCAGAAAAAGUAAAUGAACAGAUAUUCAACAAGAUUCUUUUCAUUUUGCUCUUCCUUGUCCAUCGCUGCUGUUAUAUAUUGCUGACUUUUUUCCACAGUUGACUCUGAAGAACAGACAUCUUCUUGAUCUUUUUCUAUUGCUGUUGCAACUACUGUUCAAGGGGGGUGGGGAGGGGUGAUGAGCCUAUUUGGAUGACGAAUGCCAUUCCUUUUGUCCUAGUGUGCGCUUGCAUAUCAUUUUAUCUAAGUACUCAGAUUUGAGAGUUAAUUUCUGCAUGUCACUGCUUGUAGUUUGCUCAGCUAGUUGUCUCCUGCUGCCUGUAACUUUUUUAUUUUUUUAAAGGCUAGCUUUGAAUGUAAUCCAUUAG